CUGCGCGGGGCCCUCGCUCCGCUCCGCUCCGCUGCGCUCCCUCAGCGCCGCGCCCGGCCCGGCCCCGCCGGCAGCGGGGGCAGCUGCGGGAACGGGCGCUGCGGAGCCGCCGAGGAUGAGCUGGUUCAACGCCUCGCAGCUGUCCAGCUUCGCCAAGCAGGCGCUGUCGCAGGCGCAGAAGUCCAUCGAUCGGGUGCUGGACAUCCAGGCCGAGGAGACCCCCUGGCCCGACGCCGUCAUCCCCGACUACGGUGACGGAACAAAUUCUCUCAUAAGUGGAGGAUGGGACACAUCUUCCUGGGGCUUGAACUCAACUACAGAACCCCAGAAUCAGCCAGUAUCGCCCACAGCCAUCACAAAGCCGGUGAGGAGGACGGUUGUGGAUGAAUCCGAAAACUUCUUCAGUGCCUUUCUCUCCCCAACAGACGUUCAGAGUAUACAGAAAAACCCAGUGGUGUCCAAACCUCCAGCCAAAUCACAGCGACCCAAAGAGGAGGUGAAAAGCACUUUAAAGGAGUCUCAACACUCCAGUCAGCUGGAAGGGCCAGUGACAGCAGAGGCAGAGGUGAAGGAUUCCUCCCUAGCUGACCUGGACUUGAAAAGCCUUGAUAUUCCCAAGGAGAAAUUAGAAGAGAGUGCUGUGCUUAAAUCUGAUGCCCAGCAUGAAGCAAGCACAAAUGAAGUUACUGACAAAAAGGUGUCUGCUCUAAAUUUUGAAGAACCUGAAGAUUCUCCUAGUGAAAAAUCCAGUGUAGUUGGGGAUGGAGCAGCAGGUGCACCCGAGGGCACUUCUCAGCCCCUUGGAGCAGGCACGAAAGACCUGGCUUUGGAAGGGAAGGAGAGAAAGACUGAGGACAGACAAAGCAAUACCCCAUCACCUCCCAUCAGCACCUUCUCCUCAGGCACUUCCACAACCAGUGAUAUUGAAGUUCUGGACCACGAAAGUGUGAUAAGUGAGAGCUCAGUAAGUUCCAGACAAGAAGCUGCGGAUUCCAAGUCCAGCCUUCACCUCAUGCAGACGUCGUUCCAGCUCUUAUCCACGUCUGCCUGUGCGGAUUAUAAUCGCUUAGAUGACUUCCAGAAAAUGACUGAGAGCUGUGGCUCCUCGGAUGCUUUUGAAAGAAUUGAUUCAUUCAGUGUGCAGUCCUUGGAUAGCAGGAGUGUCAGUGAAAUAAAUUCAGAUGAUGAGUUGUCAGGCAGGGCUUCUGCUUCAGCGUCUGUCGCUGUCAGUCCUUCCGUGCCAAAGACAGAAACGGUUGACGCCCUGAAAAAUAAAUCUGAAAACUUGAAUGAUGCUCCUGUGCUGCAUGCUGAGGAAGCUGAGAUGGAAGAGAGUGGGAGAAGUGCAACCCCUGUUAAUUCUGAGCAGCCAGAUGUUGUUUUGGUUGCUGCUGUGCAAACUGUUGAAGGACAGGUUGUGAAGGAGGAGGCUGAGCCCCAGCAGGAUGCUGGGGAGCAAUUGGUAGAAGAGGACACUGAAAAGCAAGAGCUUAAAAAGAUGAUUGAUUCAUUAACUGAGAAGCUGGAGAAGAGGGAAAUACAGUUACUAAGCACUAGUAAAGAGAGGGCUCGCUUGGAAGAAGCUUAUGAUAACCUCAAAGAUGAAAUGUUUAGAAUGAAAGAAGAGAGCAGCAGCCUUUCAUCUCUUAAAGAGGAGUUUGCUCAGCGAAUUGCAGAUGCUGAGAAGAAGCUCCAACUAGCCUGCAAAGAGAGAGAUGCAGCUAAAAAGGAAGUAAAGACUGUUAAAGAGGAAUUGGCUACUAGACUUAAUACCAAUGAAACUGCUGAAUUAUUGAAAGAAAAAGAAGAGCAAAUCAAAGGAUUAAUGGAGGAAGGAGAAAAGCUUUCCAAGCAGCAGCUGCAGAAUUCCAACAUUAUUAAGAAAUUAAGAGCCAAAGAGAAAGAGAGAGAAAAUAUUAACACAAAACAGAACAAAAAGAUUAAGGAAUUGGAAGAGGAGUUGCAGCAUUUAAAACAGGUGCUUGAUGGCAAGGAGGACCUUGAGAAGCAGCAUCGAGACAGCAUUAAACAACUGAACAGUGUUGUGGAGAGACAAGAAAAGGACCUCACUAAACUUCAGGCAGAAGUGCAGGAACUUGAAGAAAGGAACAGGAGUGUGCAGGCAGCACUCGACAGUGCAUACAAGGAACUUGCAGACCUUCAUAAAGCUAAUGCUACAAAGGACAGCGAGGCUCAGGAAGCAGCCCUGAGUCGGGAGAUGAAGGCAAAGGAAGAGCUUGGGUUAGCAUUGGAAAAGGCCCAGGAGGAGGCUAGGCAGCAGCAAGAAGCUUUGGCAAUUCAGGUGGCAGACCUGAGGCUGGCACUGCAACGUGCAGAGCAGCAGGCAGCAAGAAAAGAAGAUUAUUUACGGCAGGAAAUUGGUGAACUACAGCAGAGACUCCAAGAAGCAGAGAGCAGGAACCAAGAGCUGAGCCAAAGUGUGACCUCUGCUACCCGGCCCCUGCUGCGGCAGAUAGAGAACCUGCAGGCCACGCUGGGGGCACAGACCUCUGCCUGGGAGAAACUGGAGAAGAACCUUUCUGACAGGCUGGGUGAGUCUCAAACUCUUCUAGCAGCAGCUGCUGAGAGAGAACGGGCUGCUACAGAGGAACUUCUUGCUAAUAAAAUUCAGAUGUCUUCUUCUGAAUCUCAAAAUAGUCUUUUAAGGCAAGAAAAUACCCGUCUUCAGGCUCAGCUGGAAGUGGAGAGAAACAAAUUGAAGAAAAUGGAAAAUGAGAACAGCAGGUAUGAGGUUGAACUAGAAGGGCUCAAAGAUGAGUAUGCAAAAACCUUGGAAGAUGCAAAGAAAGAAAAGGCACUGCUGGCUACUCAGUUGGAAAUGGAGAAGAUGAAGGUUGAACAGGAGAGAAAGAAGGCUGUUCUUGUCCAAGAAGCAGCAAAGGAGAAGGACCGAAAGUCAUUCACAGUUGAAACUGUAUCAAGUACACCCUCAAUGUCCCGCUCCAGUUCCAUAAGUGGGGUGGACAUGGCAGGUCUUCAGACCUCUUUCCUCUCACAGGAUGAUCCUCAUGAUCACUCCUUUGGACCAAUAGCUACCAGUGGGAGCAAUCUCUAUGAUGCAAUAAGGAUGGGAUCAGGUUCAAGUAUAAUUGAAAACCUUCAGUCACAGCUAAAACUAAGAGAAGGGGAGAUUUCACAUCUACAGCUGGAAAUUGGAAACCUGGAGAAAACUCGAUCAAUAAUGGCAGAAGAGCUGGUUAAAUUAACAAAUCAAAAUGAUGAACUUGAAGAAAAAGUGAAGGAAAUAACCAAAUUACGUACACAGUUAAAGGAUUUGGAUCAGAGGUACAACACCAUUCUCCAGAUGUAUGGGGAGAAGGCAGAGGAGGCUGAGGAGCUCCGACUGGAUCUGGAAGAUGUGAAAAACAUGUACAAGACUCAGAUAGAUGAACUUUUAAAACAAAGGCAAAAUUAAUUCCUCGUGGAACUGUUAGGAUUGUAUGGUGACAGAGUGUAAAGAUAACUGUUUAUGUAAAUGCUGAAUUUAAAUGUCUUGUAAAAAACCCCUGUAUUAUAGAAAAUGUGACUAUAUUAUAGAGUUCAUAUGUUGACAGAAGAAUCAAUGCUUUAAGUGUCCUGUUCUGUCUGCAGUUAAAUUAUUUGUGCAAUAUUUAAUUUUAUUUCUUCAGUCAUCCCUUUAUUUAAGUUUUUGCUAAAUGGUGGGCCAUUUUACCUAAACAGCAGAAAUUAUGGUUGUUACCUUGUGAGACAGAACUGGAAGGCAUGAGUAGUACUAAAGCAGCCCUUGAUUCAUAAUCUUUGCAAACCUAUGAAAAUCACAUUAGAAGUCUGUCUCAAGUGUUCAUAAGAGUUUUUCUAAAAUCUCAUCAGGUAAUUUUUAAUAACUAAGCAGCAGGGACUUGCUGUCUGAAGCAUACCUGGUGGAUAUUUUUAUGACAGGAAAAUCUUAGAUUUGUGCUUACAACAUCUGAACAUGUCAGGAUGAUUAUUCUUAGACAAAUCAGAUUAGUCUGACUACUUAAGACUAAGUCCUCUAAAGCAGAGUGUGAGACUCAGAUGAGACUUCAAAUUACAGCUUCAUCUUGUAUAUUGCUUGUGUUCUCAUGAACAGUCUGGAGACAGCAGCUCUGCUUGUAAUGAUAAAUGUGUUCAACUUUUAACACCAGAAAUCUGAGCUGUUAAAUAUCUGUUCUAGAUUUAGUAGCUGAUUUUUAAGUAGCUAGAACAGAUCAGAAGAAUGCAGGAAACUGAUUUUUUAAAAAUAAAUGGCUGCAGAUCUCAUGGUUCCUUUUAUAUAAUUAGCAAGGGUUAGACUUGUAAAACUGAACUGUGGCUUAAUAAUAGAGCAAGUCUCCAGUGGCUGCAGAGUAUUUCUCAUGCCAUUCCUUAAGCAAGGUAUUGGUCAAACAGCACUCAUGUGACUUGAGUUGAGCUGCAUUUUUGGUCAUGUCAGAGGAAAUGUUUGAAUGGGUCCCUUGGGAAUGCUGAGAAGGAGCUGUGGUCUUCCUCUCUGCAUUCCAGAGAACAAAUAUUUUGCUGCAUCUCAGAACCUACUCGUGUGAAAUACUGGGCAGCUGAAAUUCUUUGCUUAUCACACCAGUGCCUCUGUUGGGAGAGGUUUUUUUUUUUCCCAGACCAGUGCAUGUUGUAAUUUGGGAACUCUUUUCCUGCUUGGGUAUUUGGUGGCCUGACACACAAAGGAUGUGAAGGAUGAGGAGUUGCUUCUGGAGAAAUGCCUCUUGGUAAUGUGAUUUUACUAUGGGUGUUAAGGAUUUAUUCCUCACUGGGAGAACAGGAUUUAUUCCUCACUGAAGUUACACAAGCAAGGGAAUGUUCAUGGAAAAUCCUAGUCUGAUUUGACAUUCAGGCAGUUGCUCUGUGAGGAUUUCAUUAAAGCCAUAGAGCCAGAACACUUAAAUUUGUUGUAACUCCCCAUCUGACAUAGAAACUUCUAACUGCUUUAAUAAAAAUAAUUUUUCCCUUC